AUUGUGCGGUAAACACACGAAGAAGAAACAACAGCGGAAGUACAGAUGAGUGUGACCAGAGAAUGUCCUUAAACAGGCUCUGGUGUGACGUUCUUUAUUCUUAGAUUCACACGUUGUAUUCUUGUUGUGGUUGAAUUUUAUUAAGUUACGUUUUUUGAUAUAUUGUUGCUAUGAAUUAUAAACAGCUGUAGUUUAGCAUGUAAUCUAUUGAAAAUCUUCGAGGUUUUAUGAAAACCAACUCAGAAAAUGUUUUGCUUCACCAUUACAGGUCCGCUGGAGAGGGUUGUCAUCUUGUUUAAUUGUUCAAGAUCAUAGGCUAGUGUGACGAGAGACUGUGGUGUAACGUUAGAGACUUAGGCUAUCAGCUAACUUGUCCUUGGUUAACACAUUAGUGAUGAUGCACUUUCAAAACGUUUUAUACCUAUAGACCCACCAAACUGUUCGGUCUUGGUCACCUUUCGAUAACCAUACCAUUUUUACUAAUUUGGUUUUGCCCGAGAUUUGUAUUUUAUUCAAUAUGGGUAAGAAACGUCAAAAGGACAAAAGCCCCGUGGAGGACAAUGAUGUUGACCUGACAGCUCCAGUUUGCUGCCACAUUAGGAAGGGCAUAGACCGAAAUAUCCUCAAGAGACUUCCAAGAGAUUUGUACUUGAACACCUGCCAGGACUGUAAAGAUGAAGAUUACACAACAGAAGUUCAGUUGGGGGACAGAGAGGAUAGGGAAACUCCCACAAUAUGGAUGUGCCUUAAAUGUGGAAACAGAGGGUGUGGACGAAACUCAGAAAACCAGCAUGCUAUAAAACACUAUGAGAAGCCUCGCUCAGAUCAACAUUGUCUAGUGGUUAAUUUGGAGAUCUGGUGUGUUUGGUGUUACAUCUGUGAUGAUGAAAUCAAGUAUUCUAGGACAGGGAAUUUAGCUCAACUGGUGACCUGUGUUAAAAAGCAAGUUUCAUCAAAACCGUGCAAGACAUUGCCACAGAGAAAAGUAGAGUUGGGUGACAGCAUGAUGAAAGAAACACAAGAGAUAAAGCAGCCAGGCACGGGCAUGGAGAAAAACCAAGAGGAUGAGGAGAACAUAUUCAAGCAGAAGAAAAAUGUGAAGAAAGACAGUGGUAUGAAAGGGCAGAGCCAGGGAGUUGCCAAAGACGGUAGUGUUGGAUCAGUCAAGGGACUCAGUAACCUAGGAAACACAUGUUUCUUUAAUGCAGUUGUUCAGAACCUUUCUCAGACACGGCUUUUGAGGCAAAUCCUUAACAAGGUGGCAAAAGAGAAGAUUGGUCUCACAAUACCAUGUGCUGUUUCAUCUGAUCUCGACCCUAUCCUGGUGCAAUUGGAGCAACCGGGAUCACUUACACUGGCCAUGUGUGAAUUUCUCCAUGAGAUCCAGUUGUCCAGGAAACAGGUUGUCACCCCAAGGGAACUGUUCACACAAGUUUGCAAAAAGGCAGGAAGAUUUAAAGGAUGUCAGCAGCAAGAUAGCCAUGAACUUCUGCGUUAUAUGCUGGAUGGAAUGAGAGCCGAGGAGAUUAAAAGAGUAAGUUCAGGAAUAUUGGCAUCUUUAAAAAAAGCAGGGGAUGUAGAAUCAUCAAAAACCCUGAUUACGGAUUAUGAAAGGAACGGAUUUCCCAACAACGCCAUUGACCAGGUGUUUGGAGGGGAAAUGACGAGCACUAUAAUGUGUCAACAGUGUAAAACGGUGUCAUUUGUCACAGAGAUGUUCCUGGAUCUUUCUCUUCCAGUCUCAGAUGAGGCUUACAAGACUCACAGUAAAAAUCCCCCAAAGAGCAGUGAGGGAAGCCAGGAGGGCAGAGACAGUUCUAUGCGGCUGGCCAAUGGGAUUGACAUGUCCACUGACGCUGGCAGCAAGUACCAGCAGAGGAAAGCCAAGAAGCAGGCUAAAAAACAAGCAAAGAAUCCGAGGAGGCAGCAAGAUUUUGAAGGGAAGCUCAAGCCAAACAGUCUAACUGAUCAGGAGACUGCAGUGAGUACACAGUCAAACAAUGCUGACAAUGAGAGUGUGGAAAUUGUAAAGAGUGGGACCCUAACAGAUGAGCCAAAAAGUAAGGAUCAACCAGCAAAGACAGAUCUUCAGGGAAAAGAUCUAGAGUACAAGCUAGAAGAGGAGGAAGACUCAGUGGUUGACUAUGAAACUUCCCCCACAUCUGUGGUCAGCAACCAUAACACUGCCUUGUCAGAGGACCAAAACACAGGAAAACAGGAAAGUUUGUUAGAUGACCAACUGGCCCAGGUUAAACAAGGUGGUGAAGAUGUUGAUCCAUCUAAAAGUGUUAAAGGGGAGGAACAGCUGGCCAAAUACCUGGAGAACAUGUCUCUCAACAAUUCUGAAGAUGGUGAGGUGGACAUGGAGAGUGCUACGGCUAAACAGUUCACAGUGGUAAACCAUGACCCAGAUCUAGCCUUCCAAACUCUAGCCUCAAGGAUGGCACUAAAAAAGCAAGAUUGUUCUGUCCAGUCCUGCCUCUUUCAGUUCACAGAAGUGGAACACUUGACUGAAAACAACAGUUUGCUCUGCAUUGCAUGCACCAGGACAACCAGACAACUAAGCAACAAAAUCUCAGAAGGAUCCAAGAAUAAAGUUUACACAGAUGCCUUGAAGCAAAUACUGAUCUCCUCUCCACCGCCAGUACUUACUUUACACUUAAAGAGGUUUCAACAGGUUGGCUACAGUGUAUGUAAACUGAACCGCCAUGUCAACUUCCCUCAGAUUCUGGAUUUAGCACCUUUUUGUUCCGUAAACUGCAAGGGUGUGACAGAGGGAGACACACAAGUGCUUUACAGUCUCUAUGGCAUUGUGGAGCACAGCGGAACAAUGAGAUCAGGCCAUUACACGGCUUAUGUUAAAACACAACUUAAUUGCUCUUUAGACCCACAUAAUGGAGUGGCUGACCAAGGGGAAGCUGGUACGUGUAGAGGAUCAUGGUUCCAUGUCAGUGACAGCAGUGUGAAACAUGUGAUGGAGAGCAAAGUGCAAAGUUCCCAAGCCUACAUCCUUUUCUAUGAAAGAUUGUUAUAGUUCUUCCACAGAACUGUGGGAGAUAUACAAGGACAGACUAAGGGCCAACCUCAGUAUGAGCGAUGCAUUUACUGUAUUGUGUCAGAAUGAAUUAAGUGUAGAGUGAAUGGUUGAUAAGUGGUGCAGUUUGUUUUCAAAUUCAUAUAGAAACGGCUUACGAGUGUGUUUAAGCUCCCUUUGAUUGACAGGCUCCAGUUGACUACUGUUGGGUGGGUGAUACAUGCCCAUCAAGCUGCAGUAGGAUAAUGACCAUGUGAGUUGCUAAGAAUUUGGUGGUUUUGAGCAGAAGAAAAUUAUGGACAAAAAACAGGGAACUUUAAUAAAUAUUUGAAUAUAAUUGGAUGUGCAAUUUACAAGAUGUCAAUAUGAAAUUAAAGUUUCCAAAGACAA